ACUGUUAACAUAUAGGAAUACUAACAGAACACACACACACACACACGUGACCUACAGCUAAUAAGUAUUUGGAGUGGAGGGCUCAAUAGAUUCCCUGAGGAUACCGUUCAGAAGGAUGGGAUAUACAUUUGGAUAACUUCAUGAAUGCUUUUUGUGAAGUACGAAUAAUCCAUUCUCCAUGGCUUGGCUAAAUUGGCAGUUACAUUCCUGGUCAAACAUAAAUGGCAGGGUCUAAGGCUCACGGAUUACUUACUACAACAAGUGAAACAACAUCAGACCCUGUCCUCCUGAGUGAGGUCCACCAAAAGGCUCUGUCCUUUGGAGACUUCACUAAGGGAUAACUUCACCAAGGGGCCUCAACUCACAGGCUUUUGUCAUCCUUCUGCUUGAUCUCCACCGAGAGGUCUCUGACCAUGAAGGACCGCCUGGAGGAGCUGCGUCAGAGGGCCCAGGGUUUUCGGGAGGUGAGCAGAGAGACAGAUGAUACCCCAUUCCCUGAGGAAGAUGCUAACCCAGAUGCCCCAUUGGGGGUUAAGGUCGCCACCCCGCAGCAGGCUGUGGUGUUCGAGCAAGAACCAGUCCUGCACAACUUCCUGUCCGAGGCUCAGCAUAUCCGCGGUGACAUCACUGAGCUGGAAACAGAGGUAAAGAAGUUCAGCCAGCAACAAAGGACCCUGGUGGCAACCAUGCAUCGUUUCAGUGUGAUGAAGAAGGUCAGUGAUGUGACGACGGACAUCAAGCUGCAGGCAGAGAGCAUCCACAGACGGCUGGACGACCUCUCCAAGAAGGCACAGAGUUUAGAAGACAUGCAGGGACUGGCUACAGCCACUACACGCAUCCAACGCUCCCAACACGCAGCGCUACUUAGACAAUUCCAACAGGUGAUGUGUCUGUACAACAACUCCAUCCUCAGUAAACAGGAGCAUUGUAAAAACUUCCUCAUCCGCCAGCUCGAGGUGUUUGGUCGUGACGUCACCGAGGAGGGAGUCGAUGAAAUGGUUGCCACGGGGAAGUGGGAGGUGUUUAACCAGAACCUCCUCAACGACGAACGCAUCACACGCGCUCAGCUGUCUGAGAUCGAGCAGAGACACAAGGAGCUACUGAAUCUGGAGAGCAACAUGAAGGAGCUGAGAGAACUGUUCAUGGAUAUCUUUAUAUUGGUGGAGGAGCAAGGAGGCUACAUAGACAACAUCCAGACCAGUGUAGAGAAGACACAGGACUACGUCACCGUCACUAACGAGAAAUUUAAAAUGGCCACCAGGUACAAGAAGAAGAACCCUCUAAGGAGACUGUGCUGCUGUUGCUGCCCCUGGAGGUGCUGCACAUAGAGAAGGGACAAGUCCCCUGAACACUGGAGAUAGCCCUGGAGGUGCUGCACAUAGAGAAGGGACAAGUCCCCUGAACACUGGAGAUAGCCCUGGAGGUGCUGCACAUAGAGAAGGGACAAGUCCCCUGAACACUGGAGAUAGCCCUGGAGGUUUUUCAGAUUGGGAAAGGAAGAGCUCUGAUGUGGAGUGUCUACAGCUAUGGGAGGGAAAUCUGUAGGGUGGCAUGGCAGAACAGUGUUCAGAGAAGAUUUAAGCCCAUUACAGUGGUCAGAAAUCAUCCAGGAACAAGAGGAUUGUAAGAGGCUGUGCAGUUGAAGCAGGGUGGGAGUCAGUGUCUCCACUCAUGAGGGACAACUUUAACGCAAGACAUAAUGCAUUUUGAGAAGCAGCAAGACUGCUUACGUUUUCAAAACUGUCUCCUUUUUUCAAAACUCUACACACAAUUCCCAAAACUGCACACACAAAAUACAAAAUGUCUCACAUCUCCUUCAAAAUG